UCCGGGGCGGGCCGGAAACGGCCGGGCCGGGCGGCGAUGGCGGCUCGGGCCGUGCUGCUGCUGCUUCUCAUGGCGGCGGCAGCACCGGGCCCGGCCCAGGGCUCGCAGGGGGACCGGGAACCGCUGUACCGGGAGUGCCUGAGCCGCUGCGAGCGGCAGAACUGCUCGGGGGCGGCACUGCGGCACUUCCGCGCCCGGCAGCCGCUCUACAUGGGCCUGACAGGCUGGACGUGCCGGGACGAGUGCCAGUACGAGUGCAUGUGGCUGACGGUGCGGCUGUACCAGCAGGGCGGGCACCGCGUGCCGCAGUUCCACGGCAAGUGGCCGUUCUCGCGGUUCCUGUUCGUGCAGGAGCCGGCCUCAGCCUUGGCCUCGCUGCUCAACGGCCUGGCCAGCCUGGUGAUGCUGCUGCGGUACCGGGCAGCCGUGCCCCCCGCAGCGCCCACCUACCCCACCUGCACCGCCUUCGCCUGGGUCUCCUUAAACGCCUGGUUCUGGUCCACCGUGUUCCACACCAGGGACACGGCGCUGACAGAGAAACUGGAUUAUUUCUGUGCUUCGGCCGUCAUCCUGCACUCCGUGUACCUGUGCUGCGUCAGGACGCUGGGGCUGCAGCGCCCAGCCUUAAUCAGCAUCUUCAGAGCCUUCCUCCUCCUCUUCCUCGCCGGCCACAUCUCCUACCUGAGCCUCGUGCGCUUCGACUACGGCUACAACCUGGUGGCCAACGCUGCUGCUGGGAUGCUGACGGUGGCGUGGUGGCUGCGCUGGUGCCUGCGGCAGGGCCGGCGGCUGCCGCACGUGUGGAAAUGCGCGGCCGCGGUGCUGCUGCUGCAGGCGCUGGCGCUGCUCGAGCUGCUCGACUUCCCCCCCCUGGGCUGGGUGCUGGACGCCCACGCGCUCUGGCACAUCGGGACCAUCCCCCUCAACGUGCUCUUCUACAGUUUCCUGAUGGACGACAGCCUCUACCUCCUGAAGGCCAACUCCGACCUCUUCAAAGUGGACUAGAGCUGCUGGGGGGGGUGGGCAGAGCCCCCCGUGCCCCCCCAGGGCUGUGCCCUGCCCUGUGCCAAGCAAGCCCCCAGCCCCCCCUGGCCGUGGCCUCCUGACCCCCCCCCGUUUGCCUUCUGAGGUUUGUGGUGCCCCCCCAGCCCCCCUGUGCCCCCCCAUGUGGGCACUGAGGGGUCCAGGAAAGCUGAGAGCCCCCCAAACCCUCCCCAUGCUGAGUUGGGGGACCCCAAUGAGGUGACAGUGGCAGUUUGGGGACAGUGGGUGAUUUUGGGGGGAUCCAGGAGAGCUGAGCCCCCCAAACCCUCCCCAUGCUGAGCUGGGGACCCCCCCCCAUGAAUGAGGUGACAGUGGCUGUUUGGGGAUGGGGGUGAUUUUGACAGGAUUUGGGGGGGGGUCCAGCACAUCUGAGCCCCCCCAGACCCUCCCCAUGCUGAGCUGGGGACCCCCAGUGAGGUGACAGUGGCAGUUUGGGGACAGGUGGGUGAUUUGGGGGGGGUCCAGCACAUCUGAGCCCCCCCAAACCCUCCCCAUGCUGAGCUGGGGGACCCCAAUGAGGUGACAGUGGCUCUUUGGGGACAGGGGGGUGAUUUGGGGGGGGUCCAGGAUAUCUGAGCCCCCCAAACCCUCCCCAUGCUGAGCUGGGGGACCCCAAUGAGGUGACAGUGGCAGUUUGGGGACAGUGGGUGAUUUUGGGGGGGGUCCAGGAUAUCUGAGCCCCCCAAACCCUCCCCAUGCUGAGCUGGGGAUCCCCCCCCCCCAUGAAUGAGGUGACAGUGGCUGUUUGGGGACAGUGGGUGAUUUUGGGGGGGGUCCAGGAUAUCUGAGCCCCCCUAAACCCUCCCCAUGCUGAGCUGGGGACCCCAAUGAGGUGACAGUGGCAGUUUGGGGACAGUGGGUGAUUUGGGGGGAUCCAGGAUAUCUGAGCCCCCCCAGACCCUCCCCAUGCUGAGUUGGGGACCCCCAGUGAGGUGACAGUGGCAGUUUGGGGACAGUGGGUGAUUUUGGGGGGAUCCAGGAGAGCUGAGAGCCCCCCAGACCCUCCCCAUGCUGAGCUGGGGACCCCAAUGAGGUGACAGUGGCAGUUUGGGGACAGUGGGUGAUUUUGGGGGGUCUGUGUGCAUGGGGGGGCUCUGGCGGGGGUGGGGGGUGUUGUGUGGGUGCCUUGGGGCUGGGGGUGCCCCCUCCCAGCCCAGAGGGGCUGUGCCCCCCCAGUUUCCCCCUCCCUGGGUGUGUUGUGGGUGUGAAUAAAGCUGAGUUUAAU